GAGCAAUUGUUAGAACUUGGGAAACCCUAAUUGUGCUACUUGAGAGAAAAUGGCGGUACCCUUGAUCUCGAAGAAGAUCGUGAAGAAGCGCGUGAAGAAGUUCAAGCGCCCCCAGAGUGACCGCAAGAUCUCCGUCAAGCCAAGCUGGCGCAGACCAAAGGGUAUUGACUCCCGUGUCAGGAGAAAGUUUAAAGGAUGCACUUUGAUGCCCAACAUUGGUUAUGGUUCAGACAAGAAAACUCGCCAUUAUCUGCCAAAUGGUUUCAAGAAAUUUGUUGUGCACAAUGUGAAAGACUUGGAACUUCUCAUGAUGCAUAACAGGACGUACUGUGCUGAGAUUGCUCACAAUGUGUCCACAAGGAAGAGGAAGGACAUAGUUGAGAGAGCUGCCCAGCUUGAUGUCGUUGUUACAAACAAAACAGCCAGGCUGCGCAGCCAGGAAGAUGAAUAGAUCCGGAUGUCUGGGAGUCAUAUUUAUGUUUUGUAGUGAGCUAUGGUUGAUACGCUAGAUGGUAGAUUUUGAUUGCUUUUGUUAUUUUCUUGACCAGAACCUUGUUGCAUGUGAUACAUUUUUUUAUGUUGCUUAUUGUCUUGCCGAUGCAAAAUUUUCAACCCAAUCUUGAGUUUAUCUUUGGUUCUGUUCUAGUUAAAGGUAAUUGUUUUUCAGGGUUUAAUGCUUUGCUCCACCUCAUUAACAAUGUGGUGAUUGCUUCA